AUCUUGUCUUACAUUCGAUCACUCAACCCACACCUCAGAGUUUAUUAGGUGAAGUUCGUGAGGCACAUUAUUUGGAUAUAAAUUGAGUACUUCACCUUGCAAUUAUCACACAUUCCGUAAUUACGUAGGCUGUGGUCAUUGACACUCGUAUCAGUUCUGUGCUCACAAUCAGUUGUUCGACAGUUUCAUUUAUAAUCACGGAAUGUUUGUCUUAAAAUUUAGCAAAAAAGCUUAAAAUAUAAUUUUAACGUACACUAAAAAUAAUAAUCAUUAAAAAUAAUAAUAUCACCACAGUUAAAAAUAAAAAAUGUAUCGGAGUGUGUCAAAGUAUUUGAAAUGUUCGAGUUUUUCAUUUGUUCAUUUUCGAAUACAGUAAACCUCUCCUUGAAUUGUAUAUGCAGGUUUCAGUGCGGUAUUUUUCAAAAAAUAUUUUAAAAUAUCGAAAUAAAUUUUUUCCCACGUUUAACCAAAUUUCUUCGUUCAUAUUCAACAGAAACGAUCCAGAUGAAUUUCAUACUCGCUAAAAAAUCAGUGUGCUUACUUUUUUAAUUUUUUUUCUUAAAAAAAAAAAAAUAAUUUUAUACUACUUCAUUAAAUAAGCAAUUUGAACGCGUGUUGCAUACGCCUCCUUCAAUAAGGUAGACAAUGUUCAGAGACGUUGCACAGCUACGCUACAGCUCAUUGAAUUUUUUUCAUUGUUUAACAAAAUGAUAAACUAAACGGAGAGAUUAAAUAGUGUUUGAGUUGAUACUAACCGUAUCCAUAAUUUAAAAUCUGUAUCUGUCCUCUGUCACGAAAAAAUUCUCAGAGAACUACUGUGAAUUCAAGGCUUUAUCUCAGUUUCGUCAAGAAGUGCGCCCGUGAUUUCGAUAGUGCAUGCCUCGAUUAUCAUUAUAAUUUGUGUGCGUUUUAGAAGUGUAAAGUAUGGAAAUUGACUUGGACAGCAUCUGCUACGAUUUGGGCGAGUAUGGCAAAUACCAGUUCAUCAGCAACAUCUUACUCGGACUUGUCAUUUCCUUUUCGGUGGCUUCCUCCAUGAGCUACGUGUUCUCCGCCGGAGAUCUCUCCUACAGAUGCCGCAUUCCGGAGUGCGAAGGGUCCGAUGGGCGGCCGGAGUUCCGACCGGACUGGCUAGUCGCUGCGGUUCCCCUCAAGUCCGAAGAAGAAAAUGCUCCGGCCAAAUGUGACCGAUUCAAAAUCAAUCCGGACUUCUAUGAUAAUAACCGCAACGUCAGCAUCUCUUGUCCAUCGUCCUUCUUCGCCGACAAGACUCAGAGAUGCGCAGACUGGGUUUUCAAGGACACGGAAAACACCAUACUCAAGGAGUUUCAUCUGGAAUGCGAUGACAACCGAUGGAAACUGACCCUGGUAGGGACGAUUAAUAACGUUGGCCAGUUUGUUGGUCUUCCAAUUGGCGGAAUAAUAUCGGACGCGUACGGGAGACGGUUUUUCUUGGUGAUAGGAUCUGUUCUAUCGGCCGUGUUUGGUAUUCUGCGAGCUUUUUCGACGAACUACACGAUGUUCCUUAUUCUCGAGUUCAUAGACGCCGUUGCCUCCUCAGGCGUCUACGGAGCCGCUUUUAUCAUAGGUUUAGAAUUAGUAGGAGCCAGUAAACGUACCCUUUUUUCAACCAUCUUGUGUUGUUUCUUCCCAAUCGGAGAGGUGGUGAUUGGCUUGGUCAUGUGGUGGCUACAAGACUGGCGGUCAUUUCUGUUAGCGAUCUAUGUGCCUGGUUUGUUCAUCGUCUCAUAUUUCUGGGUCAUUCCUGAAUCUAUUCGAUGGCUAGCAAUGAAAAGACGCUACAGAGAAGUUCUGACUGUUAUUCAGAGCAUAGAAGAUAUUAAUCGCAAAAAAUUAUCGUUGAACUUAAGAGAAAAAUUGAAUAAUCUAAUACAAUUGGAGAGUCAAAAUGUUCCUGAAAUCAACUUAAUAGAACUCUCCAGUGAAGGAACAGUGAAAAAAGGAUUGGGAAAUGAACCGAUUUCCAGAUCUGAUGAUGUAGUGAGUACCGGCUCAUGUAUCUCCGAACCUGCGUUUAGGAAAAUCCUCCAUUCUAGGACUUUGAUGAUCAGAGUGCUCAACUGUUCCUUCUGCUGGGUGGCGAACACUUUCGUGUUUUACGGCCUCUCUCUGAACGCGACCGAUAUCGCUGGGAACAAAUACUUGAACUACAUUGCUGUGAGUUGGGUUGAGCUGCCGGCAUACAUUGGUACUUAUUUCCUCAUGGACAAAGUCGGAAGACGACCAGCCGAAAGUUUGAGCCUCUCUAUCUGUGGUUUGGUCUGUCUUGCGUUCGUUUUUGUUCCUGCAGGCAACGUAUUUCGGAACUCAGGUGCCAAUAUUGUUAUUCGCCGCAGUGGCACUGACGGCUGGCGCCUUGGCUUCGCUGUUCCCGGAAACUCUUCACCGGAAACUGCCGGACACAGUAGAGGAUGCCCAGAACAUGGACAAGUAACUACAGAACGUGCCAGAUGCGAUCAAUUGCAAGAAGAAAGGGAAAUGUCGGUUACGCGGAUCGAUAAGUUCAAGAGGUGCUUUUCGGUUCAAAGGAAUCAGCUAUGAAUCGAGCGAACCGACUUCUUCAGUGGGUCAGUUGCGCUGGUCACAGAAUCGUGUUUUGAUGAUUGAUUUUUGUAGAUUAGCGAAAAAUAAUAAUAUCCGUCCGAACCGCAACUUUCUACGUUCAAUAUUAACCGAGAUAUCGCCUUUCGAAAAGUCGGGUUUUUGACGUCAUUCGCCGCGGUAGUGACACCGUUGGUUUAUUCCACCUUGCUUUCGUCCGCGUUUUACGCAGAGUAACCAGUGCUAAUGUGUGUCCCCGUGACUGAUAAAACCAAGGCGGAAGAAACCAAGGGUGUCACCACCGCGGUGGAUGACGUCAAAAACCCGACUUCUCAAAGGGCGAUAUCUCGGUUAGUAUUGAACAUAGAAAGUUGCGGUUUGGACUGAUCCUAAUAUUUUUAGCUAAUGUAGCUAAAAAUGAUAAGAAGCUAAGUAUGAUGGAAUGGAAAGCUUAGUUCCACGAACUGAAUAAGUCUGAUUCAUGUGCAACUUGUCCCGGAUUGAAUGGAGUUUUUUGGAUCGGUGAACGAAGACCUCGUCCCGUUGAACAAACCAGAGGCGUGGCGUGCUUUGCGAUAAAUAUAUUGAUCUACCAUUUAAACCUAUGAAAAUUAUCGAUGAAGCUGGUUUUCGCACCGAACACCUCCUAAAUCGAUUCUUUACCAUAGCUUUAAAUGGGUAUACAUGGAUAAUCGAUCUUUCACGACUCGGUACUGCCUAAGUUUGAUGCAAGCAAGCGUUCCGUCAUACUCUUUGCGAGUUAUCAAGCUCCUCGCACAUGAGGACGUGAGUGAAGAGCAAAACCGAAUAUAAUGGAACUUUAGCGUGACCUAAAACUUAAAAAUGCAACGGGGCUUUUAGCACGAUUGCUGAAGGGGAACAAAACGUCUGAGCAGUUUGCUUUUUUAGUUUGCUCCGAGAAGUGGCGUGAAAGAUACUUUAUUUGUGUUUCCAACCACGACACCUGUUUUAAAUUCACUUCGACGGCGUAAGUCCGCAAUCGCAAAUCUCGUUUGCGGUGCCUGAAAAUCUCCGCUUCAAUGUUAUUUUUUUAAAAGAGAACAAAUUGAUAUAAUUCCACGAAGUUUUUGCAGAAUUUUCCCCGCACAGAGAAGAAAAAUCAUGGCAGUUUUAGAGAAUUGCCGUUGAGUAGUUUUCUGUUUAAAAAAAAAAGUAUGACAGGUAGUCUAUGACGUCGCAAACCGAGUUGUGUGAUUGCCGACUUACACCGUCGACUUGCUCAAUAGCAUACUUUUUAGCGCUUACUUGUUGCGCAUACUUUGUUUCACUCACGCCUCGCCACUGAAACAGACCUUCGAUUUACCAAACUGAACUUCGUCUCUUUUAGCUGAAGAAAUAGGUUCGCCCGACUGCAAGUUCAGCUUGAAGAAAAUAAAAGCAUUUAGUGAACCCGUCCUAAGGACAUAAAUUCGCAUUUUUCCUAACAAUUUUUUAUUUUAUUUUUCUAUUUCUUAUUUAUUUAUUUUUUGUCAGUUUAUUUAUUGCUGUUUAAGGGCGUUUACAAUUUUGUAAAACUCAAUUGUAAAAACUACACAAUACAUUUCAUGAACAAGUA